AUGCAGUGUGUGGUGGGUGUGAGGCAGGGGGUGUUGUGGAGCCUGUGUGCCCUGCUUUGCCUCUCUUUCUGGGGGCAGAGCCAGUGCAGAGGCUCCAGACAGGCCAGAGAAACCAGGGUCUAUCCCCUGCUCAGGGUCAAACGAGCUCCAGCAGAGGACGUCAAGAAGUGCUCCUACACCUUUCUGAUUCCCCAGCAGAAGAUCACAGGUCAGUGUUGUCUUCUGUGAAGACGUAGUCUAUUUUACAUCUUGUCACGUUACUUUGAAUUAAUCUAAUGUCCAUCAUCAGGCCCCAUCUGUGCCAGUGCAACGGGCCCCGAGCCGGACAAGGAGCGCGUGACACGGAUGGACAUAGCUGACGUAAGAGGGGUGCUGUCCAAGCAGAGACGGGAGAUUGAGACCCUGCAGCUGGUGGUGGACGUGGACGGCAACAUGGUGAGCGAGAUGAAGCUGCUCAGGAAGGAGAGCAGGAACAUGAACUCCAGGGUGACCCAGCUCUACAUGCAGCUGCUUCACGAGAUCAUCAGGAAGAGAGACAACUCUCUGGAGCUGGCCCAGCUGGAGAACCGGGUUCUCAACGUCACCUCAGAGAUGCUGAGGCUAGCCUCGCGCUACAAGGUUAGAAUGUCAAGGUGGAACUUGAACGCAACGUUACUUUCAUGUAGAGGUAAAAUCGAAUGAAGAAGUGUGCUAGAAGCAGAACAACAGUGCCAUAAUAGGGAACUUUAGAAGUCCAUCACUCACUUGAUAUAGCUGGGGACAAUAUUUAGAUGUCCCUAUAGCACAUGUAAUGUUGAUAAAAUAUCUGUUAGAACUAUAUCACUUCUGGCCUUUAUGUUAACUUCUCUGUCCUGCCACAAGGAGCUGGAAGGGCGUUUUGCAGCGAUGGCGGGGGUGGUGAACAACCAGUCGGUGCUGAUCGCUGCUUUGGAGGAGCAGUGUCUGCGGACCCUGGGGCGCAGUGAGUUGCAGGUGGUCCCCCCGCUGGUCCAGGUGGUCCCGGAGAACAUACCCGUCAACAGCCGCUUCACCAACGAGAUACAGAGGGAUCACAACAACCGGGCAUUCCCACGGGGGUCACGCAUGGACUCCCCCACCGCCUCCCCAUUUGAAUUCAACCCACCGCCGCCACAGGGCACACUCACCUCAGACGGUACGUACCAAGUAGCUCCAGGAGGGGUG